GCAACAGUCAUCUCUCAUCUCCUCUCCCUCUAUGCCAUGUAAGUACCAGAGCUGUGCAGGUUCAUUCAGUAGAGGCUUUUUUAGACUGAAAAGCUCCCACAAUGUUUCUGUACAUGUGGGUCUGUGUAGCCAUUCUGUACAUCUGGUGGAAAGUGAGGGAUGGAUUAAGAAUCAAUAAUAUCACAGAGAAAUAUAUACUGAUUACUGGAUGUGACACAGGAUUUGGGAACCAUGCGGCCAAGGCAUUUGAUAAACAAGGAUUCAGAGUCCUUGCGACAUGCCUGACGGAUGCUGGAGCCACGGGCCUGAGAGAGGCAACAUCAGAACGGCUGAAAACAAUACGGCUGGAUGUGACUAAUGCUGACAAUGUCUUAUCAGUGGCCAAAUGGGUGAAAGGUGAAGUUGGGAAUAAAGGACUUUGGGGUUUAAUUAAUAAUGCUGGAAUAAUGGGAACCCUUGCACCUUUUGAUUGGAUGACCAUUGACGACAUCAGGAAGCCAAUUGAGGUCAAUUUGAUUGGUUUAAUACAUGUGACACUGGUCCUGUUGCCGUUUAUCAAGAAAGCAAAGGGAAGAAUAGUGAAUGUAUCCAGCGUUGGUGGAAGAGUUGCAGCUAGUGGAGGUGCAUACUUUUCAUCUAAAUUUGGAGUUGAAGGAUUUAACGACAGCUUACGACGAGAUAUGAAAGCAUUUGGAGUAAAAGUGUCGUGCAUUGAACCUGGAUUGUUCAAAACACCCCUUUCAGACCCAGCAAAGGUUAUACAACAGCGAACGGAUAUCUGGAAGAGACUGCCUGUGGAAAUCAAGAAAGAAUAUGGAGAUAAUUAUAUACAAAUAGAUGCCAGCAAGAAACAGAAGCUGAACCAGCGCAUCCUAAACAGUGACCUCUCGUUGGUGGUCCAGUGCAUGGAACAUGCUCUAACAAGCCGCCAUCCAAGGACACGUUAUAGCGCAGGCUUUGAUGCAGCAUUUCUUUGGAUACCAUUGUCCUAUAUGCCGACGUUUAUUCAAGACUUUGUUAUCUUGAGAAACAAAGUUAAAAUCCCCACUUCAGGCAACACAACGCAUGCUCUGAGAACAGAUGUCGAUAAUACUCAAUUUCAUUUAAAUAACAACACAGGGCCUUGAAUAUUAUUUUUUCUGAUACUUCCACCAUAGAGAUUUUCAAAAGUAUACUGAAUUUGUUUACCGUCUCUUGCCUAUUUCUAUUUUUUACAAUUAUUUUAUCUUCAGUUAUGGUGAUAAAAUAUUUUACUGCCAGUUUUAUUGGAAAUUGUUGCACAUCUGCAAAACAAAUAAGUCUUACUUUUAUGUGGGUAUAAAAUCAAGGGGCUAAUUCAUUAAACUUCAAAUCUAGAUUUUUGCAGAUAUGCAAACAUUUUUUUUCUUUUUAAGUUUUUCAAAUUUCAGAGACUGAUAAAGGUCUAUAAGACUUUUUGAGGUUCUUUCUCUGCUACUUAGGGGCAAACGCAUCAAGGGUCGAAUAUCGAGGGUUAAUUAACCCUCGAUAUUUGACUGGGGAAUGAAAAUCCUUCGACUUUGAAUAUCGAUUCAAAUAGGAUGAAGAAAAAUUGCAGUGGUAAAAAAAAUCUUGACCAGGUUUAAUUGCACUUUUUUUUCACUAUUGAAUUACAUUCAAAAAUAAAUGCAUUAGCCAAGGAUUUUGAAAAUACCUAUUUUUUCAUUUUGGGUUAUUCUUUCUUUUACUUACUUUCAACCUCUUUUUUUCCCUCUGAAUUUUAUCUUGGAUGUCCUUUACAUAGUUUGAAUAAAGCACCCGUGGAGUUGGGCUUUUUUUAAAGAAUUUUUUCAAACUACCCUGUAGUGCUAGUAAAAAUGCCUUAUAAUUUUAAUUUUCAUUAUCUGUAUAUAGAAGGGUAAAUGUUUUUUCACACCAUAACCUUAUUUUUAGAAAUUCCAUAAGGGUUAAUCCAACCAAGGGCUGGGCCUGUUUCACAGUUGGGAGGGGGGCUGUUUCCAUUUCCAGAUUCUAGUUUUUCCUUGGUAGUUUUGUAACGUCAUGAAGAAGGAGAAAGACAGAAAUCCCUUUGCUAGUGGAGCUACACUUGGACAAGGCAAAAAAAAUUACAAAAAAAUUCUAUUGAAAGAUAAUAACACACAGCAUAUUAAAAUAGACCAAAUAGAAUUAAUCUUGGACUCCAUAAUUAGGCAGGUAUCACAACCACAAAAAUUUCAAUAUUUCAGGGAAAAUCACAGUUAUACAUACCCAGUUACUCCAGGCUCCCUCAGAGGACCAUUCAUACCUACUAUGCCCCUGAGGAAGCCUGAGAGGGUGAAAUGAGCAUUGGCAAAUUUUUAGGGACUAAUAGACUCAUGUUUACUUUUUCAGUGGUGAUAGUAAGAAUUGUUUACACUUGGUAGUGAUAUACUCCUGUUGGUACCUUGGGCAUAUCUAUUAUAUUUCCAGGGUACUUAGAACUGUGCUUUUCUUUGCCUUGUCAGGGUGUAGGCUCCACUAGUACAAGGGAUUCUUUUUCCUUUCUUUUUCAUUCAUUUAUUCUACUACCUCUGCGAAGCUCCCACCCAAAUUUGGGUCCAUGGACAGGGUUUAUUACAUAUAGAAUUCAUUAGGGGUAUCGGGUGAUUCUUUUUUUUUAUACAGUUUUGUAACUGACCAGAGGUGUCAGGUGCCCUAACCUUUUAGAAUUGAAAGUCACUAUGUACUCAUUCUAGGCUUGAGAAAAAGGAUCAGUAUAGUUAUUUGAGCAGCCAGAAGCUCCAAUGAGGAGGCCAGGAGGAUUAGUACUUGUGGUGUCACUGCAAGCAAUGUUCCCUAUAAGCUGUGUAUGCUUGUACGUGCAAACACAAAUUUUGAGGCCAGCGCAUACAACAAAUUAUGGUGUGCACAAAUAAUUUUGUGUGAAAGCACAAAAAUUUGCAUUUAUUGUGACCUGAGCACACAGUUUUUAAAAAUGUGCACACAAGUUUAUAAUGUAUGCACAAAGUAAUUUUUUUGCACACAUAGCCGAAAAGGAAUAAGAGGGAACAUUGCCUGCAAGUAUUGGGACUCAAGUAGUUCAGGCUCAGUAAUAGGACAAUUCUGAAGACUAUUUCACCUAUAAGUGAGUACUACCUCGGGGUGGUGGAAAUACUAUGCCUCUGCUAAUAUAAUCAAAUGGAUGAAACUGUCUGAAGUAUCUGUGAAGUGAUGGAUUAUGGUAACAAAGAGAUUGUGUAAAAUUCAGUAAAUAAAGAGUAAUCUUGCUGGUGCUUA